AUGCGUGUUCUUCCCGCAAGUCGCACAUGGUGCGCACUCCUCAUCGGCCUCGCCGCCACGUUGCUCUUCUCCGUUUUCUUGAAUGGUACGUACUCUCGCUCUGGUCCGAACUCGAACAUAAUUAUUCCAGGAGCGGUGAACACAGUCAACGAUCCUAGCCGAACCGAACCGUCCAACGAUGUCCGUUUCAAGAGAGGUGAGUGUCCGGAGGUCUCGCGCUGAUCUGAUUGGGUUCUGUUUCAGACGGUGGCUGGUCGGAGUACGUGCAGAAGAUGUCGACGGUCUCGUGCAUCUCGAGUGGCAUCUCUCUCCUCUACGGACUCAUCAACGGGCACAUUGCAAUGGACAAGGCCGUCGCGGAACUGCUCAACUUCGGAUCCGUCAAGGUCUCCGACAUCGCCGCCAUCAACAAGGACUCUGUGAACGCGUGGACGAACGACCUGAAGGCACCCGGGCUGGAUGGGACCAAAGACGCCCUUGAUCUGGAAGAACACACUGUCGGCUUAGCUCGGAUGAAGGUGGAGAUGACGGACCGACUGUUCGGAGAAGUUCCCGACAAAGCCACGUACUUUUCCGUCAUCGACAAUUUUGUGAACGAUCCGAACAUGGACUUCAAAAAUCUGACUGAUGCUGGCAAAAUAAUCACCAAUACGAUUAAAUUGCUGAACAACGUGACUGGACAGCCUGAGGUCACGAAUGAGAACUAUGGCGGCUUCCUCAUUUUCUUUAUAAAGAUUGUGAAAGGUCUCACAAACGUGGAAGGAGUCGUCAGUGCCGCAAGUACCAUCAGCAGUAAAUCAACGUCCUACAAUACGUUGAAGAAUGAGAAUCACCCGUUGAUCCCACUGGCUAACUUCAUUUAUUUCGCUGAGAAGAGAACGAAACUCCCAACGCCACUUGGAACUGCCAUAAGAUCUGAAGUCAUUAAAAAUCUGGACAUUGUCUCGAAGCUCUCCACUCAGUCUGCAAAAUCCAAAUCAACAGUAUCGCACGUCAACUCUCUGCUCUUCUGUCGUCUGAAUCCACUGAAGAACAGUCGAAAGUACGCCCCCGGACUCGUGCUCGGACUGUCCGACCUGAGCAACUUGCCCAAUGCGACCCGGGACCAUUUGGUCGAGAAGACGGUCGGCGGAGGCAAGAACUUUGCCCGCUUCGGAGACGGAUUCAAACCGGUCAUGGAGCUGACGGACAAGCUGCAGCCGGUCGACGGGAAGCUGCGGAAGGUCGCCACGCAGGAGAACCUCGCAUCGAUACGGAAGAUCGUGGAGAUCCAGAGGACACUCGAGGACGCGUCGGUCGGUAAGCAGGAGGCAGAGGCUGUGUUCGACGAGUUCCGUACGAUUGAACUUUCCAAACUGAAUCUGGCUGAUUUGGAGCAUAUGAAAAAACUAAUGGAGGAGGUGAACAAUCUGAGAAAUGCAUUCUCUUCGAUCGAUACCUUCGCUUCGAAAUCGAUGACUUUCGAUGGCUUGAAUCAGUUGAAAGAGAUGGCGAGCGUUUCUGCAAGUCUGCAAGUCAGUGAUUUGCCUAAGGAAGUUGCAAAAAUCGUGAAGAAAUUAAAAGCGGCCAAGGAUACGGUCGAGACGGUCAUCAAGUCGUUGAAGGCGGCCAAGGAAAUCUUUGAAAGACUGGAACAAGCUUCGCAAGCAAAGACACUCGCCACGGAAAUUAAAUCGAAAAAAGCGAAAGUCGACGGUUUCUAUGAUCAAAGGGAUAUAAAGACGCAGUUAACUGCGCUCAAUAAUCUGAAAAAUGCCACGCAUCCAUCUGAAAAAGUUUCCAAGGCCAUCCAGGUAUGUCUACAUUAAGGGUUCACAAUAUAAUAUCAUUUGCUUCCAGGCCGCCCAGAAGAUUCGUGCACUCGCCCCCAGUGACGUCACCAACUUCGAAUCGGUCGUGUCUGCCGUCUCUUCUGUCGCUCCCACUCUCAAGAAUCUUCCGACGGUGCUCGAGGACAUGAAGAAGAAGCAGUCGGACGUGGUCAAGGAUCUGAUGGGGAUGAAAGGAGCGAAGGACGUGGCGGAGAAGAUCGGAAAGCCGACGGCGAUGGUGCGGAACAUGCAGGAGCUGCAACGAGUCGACAUUUCCGUUCUGAAGGACGUUUCUCACGUGACGACUGCCCUCCGCAACGUGUCGGAUCUCGGAGCGAGGGCGGAGAUUGAGAAGAAGUGGGGAGAUCACAGCAAGGAUAUCGCCUCCAUCGAGUCCACUCUCCAGCAGAUCAACACCUUUAAGACCACCGUCCAAUCUGCGCAGCCGAAGGACCUCCGCGAGAUCGGAGCACCGCUCGCCAGUGCUCGGAAUGUCGGAUCUCUGAGUGUGACGGCUGCCGCCAAGUCCGACGCCCUCUCCAUUCUCAUCCCGUUCGCUGCCGAUCCGAAGGUGCUCGAGGAUCUGAGGCAGAAGAAGGAGAAACUGGAUGAGUUGGCCGCCCUCGACCUCGACUUUGCCGCCUACCACUCUUCCAUCGCCGCAGUUCCGCUCGCUCUCACCUCCCUCUUCGACUUCCUCACCUCCUUUUUGAAGCCGAAAGUGCAAAGUGGAGCGGCAGGACCAGGAGCUGGGGCAGGAGCAACUGCAGCAACAUCAGCAGCGGCAGUAGGAACAGUAUCAGCCGCAUUAAGAAGAGCAGGAGCUGAGACAGCGAAGGACAACACGGUGAUAAUAGUGAUAGGAGUUGCAGGAGCUGUUGUCCUCGGGGGACUCAUCGCCACCGGCUCCUUCUUCUUUUUUCGCUGGUUCAGUAAGUAACCACGCAUUUAUCGAAACAACGUCAACUUUUUUUUUCAGAAAAUCGUAUCAAGAAUGUGACGAAGAUUAUGAAAUGGGUGGAAGAAAACGUGAAGUUUCAAGACAUCAAUUGUACGGAGGCCACCUCGAGAAAGAUUGUCGAUGAGAUAGAGCUGCACUACAAAAAAAUGAUGGACGCCCAUAAAGUGAUGGAACUCCGUGUUCAGGAGAAAGCGGCGAUAAGGAGCUUGGAAAUGAUUCGAUUUGUGAAGAAGACAGCCGUCAGACUCCCGGGUGGCGGCUUCAUUCACGCGAACGUGGUGAAAACGAAAGACGGGACCCGGUUCAUCAUGACUCAGAGUCCGCAGAGGAAGAACGAUGAGGACUACUCGAGGAACACGUAUAGAGACUUUCUCUCACUGCUCAUGAGCCAGAAGCCGGAGUUUGUGGUCAAGUUGGACCCCACCGAUGCCUACUACCCGAGAACGGUGGGAACGAGCCGCAAAUUCGGAAUGUUCACGGUCACGUUGGUCAAGGAACAAGAACUGGCGCACAAGUGCACCGAACGCACUCUCAAGAUUGUGAACACCAAGUGAGUUUUGGGCGCACCGUCGCCGUGUUAACCGAAUUGUGGAAUUGCAGAACGGGAAAGGAGUUGGUGACGACGCAGUUUGCGUGCACUCACUACAGCAACGGAGUUCCGAUUCUGGAGGAGGGACCGCUCGAGAUAAUACGGAAGGUGAACGGGAGCAAGCAGCCGGUCGUGGUGCACUGCACCGACGGACUCGGACGCACCGGCUCGUUUGUAGCGAUGCCGUUCGUCGUGUCGCUCGCCAAACGUCGUCCCGACAUUCCGGUCCAGGACAUGUUCGUGAUGUUUGCCGAAUACCGUCACAAUGUUCUCAUCAAACCCUCGCAGGUUCUCUACGCGAUUUUUGGAGUCAAUUGCUUGUUGUGCAAGGUAAGCGAUGGAGAGAACGCACGGAAAUGUGUGAAAUGGGCAAUUGCAGGAGUAUAAAAAGGAGGAAGAGAUGGGCCUGGAGCGGCAGAGAGCGCUCUUCACGAACACGCUGCCGCAAUUCGACAAACACAAUGCAGACGCGAAUGCGGAGGCGGACAAGGAUUACCGCGAGCGUAACGGAAUUGAGGAGGACGACGAACAGGAGAUGACUAACAUUGAGAACUGA